AUGGCGAAGAAACAGCUGGACGUGCUGACGGCUCUGGAUGUGCCAAAAACACAAUGGUACCAUUUCACAGCCAUUAUGAUUGCCGGAGUGGGCUUCUUCGCUGAUGCCUACGACCUCAUCUGUAUCACGACUAUCACGAAACUAAUGGGACGAACUUAUUUCCCACGUGCCUUGCCCAUCGAAACAACUUCUGCUAUCACGGUGUUGGCCUUCUGCGGAACUUUCGCAGUGCAGCACUUCUUCGGGUAUAUGGGCCAAAAACUGGGACGAAAGAAAGUGUACGGCGUGACGCUGCUGCUCAUGAUUGUUUACUCCAUCGCUUCUGGCCUCUCCUUCGCCAAAUCCAGAGAUGGCGUGAUUAUCACGCUGUGUUUAUUCAGAUUCUUGCUGGGCUUCGGCACUGGCGGAGAUUAUCCUUUGUGGGCUACGAUUAUGUCCAAGUAUGCCAACAAGAAGACCAGAGGAUUGUCUCUAGCAGCCGUUUUCGUCAUGCAGGGCUUCGGCAUCCUCGCUGGCAGUCUGGUGUCCCUCAUUGUCUCUGCUCAAUUCCAAAAGUAUGAGCAGGACGUUCCCUACUACUUUACAGCAGUCCAUCAAGACUUAAAUUUAUAA